AUGCCAUUAGGUUUUAGAGGUUUGCAGGGUCAUGGUUUAAAUAUUAAGCCAAAGCAGCGUUAUGGUGAUGCAGUAGCAGCAAGGUGUGCGGCUUGGGAUUCAGGGCUUUUGGCUGAGUUAGAAAGAGAACUGGAGGCUAAAGAAGAAGAAGAAUGGGUGAAAGUGGGAAGGCUGAGAGAGAAAUGCAAGGAAAGGAAAGGAAUGGUGGAGUUGUUGGAGUGUUUGGAAAGGGAAGCAAUACAAGGGGAAGACCAUGGAAGAGAAGCUAGUGAUUACAAUAGAAGAGCCCAGAUCUUUGAUAAGAGUUCCAAGGUUUUCCAGGCUCUCAAAGCACGCACCCAACCUGCUCACUCUCAAAACUCUUGA